CGUGCCUUUCGACACCGACUGACCGCCUCCCCCUCUACUCCUGCUUAGCAUCAGUAGCAGCAGGUUGUCAGCUCGCCGAGGAGGGACUGUGGGAUGCAGCCGAACACACCCUUCGCAUUUCGCCGUUAACCGAGAACUAGGAACCGAAAUAGAGACAAAAAACCUUCAGCUAAAAUGUGGCGCAGUAGCGGCUGACCGCAUCCGUUUGAGGUAACUGUGGUCAAAGAUGUCUCUGCCGCUGGCUGUAGUGGUGGUCCUGUCUGUGCUGCUGGCAGGACCAACCCACGCUGGGCCUGACAUGGACCCAUACAAAAUCCUGGGAGUGACCAGGAGUGCAAGCCAGGCUGAGAUCAAGAAGGUCUACAAGCGUCUCGCAAAAGAAUGGCAUCCUGACAAAAACAAAAAUCCAGGAGCUGAGGACAUGUUUAUAAAGAUUACUAAAUCGUAUGAGAUCCUGUCCAGUGAGGACAAACGCACCAAUUAUGACCGCUAUGGGCAGACUGAUGAUACCCAGCCUUAUGGCAAUGGCCGCUAUGCACAUCGCCGGGACAGCUUCUACUUCGACGAGUCCUUCUUCAACUUUCCCUUCAACGGCAAGAACCAUAGAGACUUUGCUGACAGCAAGUACACAUUGCAUUUCAACCAGUAUGUUAACGACGUGGUGCCCGACAGCUACAAGAGGCCGUACCUGAUAAAGAUAACCUCUGACUGGUGCUUCAGCUGCAUCCAUAUCGAGCCUGUCUGGAAAGAGGUGGUGCAGGAGAUGGAGAGUUUAGGUGUCGGAGUAGGUGUUGUGGAUGUUGGUUACGAGAGACGGCUAGCUAAUCACCUCGGUGCUCACCGCACUCCGUCGAUACUAGGAGUCAUCAGUGGCAAGGUGACGUUUUUCCAUUAUGCUGUUGCAAAGGAGCACCUGAGACAGUUUGUAGAAGACCUUCUUCCUCAGAGACUUGUGGAGCGGGUUACAGACAAGAAUAACUUGCAGUUCUUGAACAGCUGGCAUGAGCUCAACAAACCCCAUGUGCUUCUGUUUGACCAAGUGCCUGUUGUUCCUCUACUAUACAAACUGACAGCUUUUGCUUAUAAGGAUUACUUGCAGUUUGGCUAUGUGGACCAGGGCCUUUCAGAGACCGGCAAUCUGCAGAAACAGUUUAAUAUCAACACGUACGCACCGACCAUGCUGGUCUUCAAAGAGAAUGUUGACAAGCCAGCUGACAUUAUACAGGCUAAAGGAAUGAAGAAGCAAAUUAUUGAUGAGUUCAUGGCAAACAACAAGUUUCUCCUUGCACCGCGGCUGGUCAAUCAGAAGCUCUUUGAUGAGCUCUGUCCUGUCAAACAGUUCCACAGACGCAGGAAAUACUGUGUGCUGCUGAUCACAGGUGAUGAGGAAACCUUUUCUUUUGGAAACCAGGCAUUUCUCUCAUUUGCUUCCACCAAUACUAGAGAAGUUGUGAGGUUUGCAUAUGUGUACCAACGACUCCAGCAACCACUUUGUGACAUCCUCAUGCAAAACAAAGACAGCGCACAGUCACCACCGCAGGUGGUGAUCCUGGAGAGGCGCAAUGCUGCGGGGAAGGCGUUGUACAAGCCGGUCACCGCCUGGAACGGCAGCAAGGAGGACAAGCAGCUCCUAGUGGAGGAGUUGGACAGACUUCAAAAGGACCCGUCGAUCCUGAUCCAUGACGUCAUGCUGCCCGAACUCAACAACGAGUUUGCCUCUAUGUUUGUAAUUCGAUGGAUCUAUGCAUCUUACGAUUACCUCUCUGAAGUCAUUGAUGAUAUUCUACAUAACAACUGGCGUGAGAUGAUGCCUCUUCUGUCCCUCAUCUUCUCUGCCUUGUUUAUCUUGUUUGGAACUGUGGUCAUUCAGGCCUUCAGCGACUCAAGUGAUGAUAAGCAGACAAAACCAAAGGCAAAAGAUGGAACAAAAGCAGAAAAUGGGUCAUCAGGGUCCAGCAGUACUUCAAGUCGUGCUCCCAAGAAGAACUUUGUGGAGGUGACCGAGCUGACAGACAUCACUUACGUGAGCAACCUUGUGAAGUUAAGGCCAGGACACAUGAACAUCGUGUUGGUUCUCACUGAUGCCUCCAAGAACAUCCUGCUUAGCAAGUUUGCCAAAGAGGUCUAUUCCUUCACAGGGAGCCUGACGCUGCAUUUCUCCUUCCUGAAUAUUGACAAACACACCGAGUGGAUGAACACGCUGCUGGAAUAUGCCCAGGACGCCAUGCAGAUCGAUGCAGACGAGGAUGAUGGGGGAAGCCACAAGGUGGACUACACGGGCUACGUGCUGGCACUUAAUGGCUACAAGAAGUACCUGUGUCUGUUUAAGCCUGUUUACACUGGAGAAGACCUUGACAGUAAGUCAUCUGAGGAUGAAGGGGCCGCUUCUGGAGGCAGGUCCAGGUCCAGUUCCCGUGACGACCACCCAUCGCGCAAAUCCAAUCGAUCCCGCAGCAUAUCCACCCUCCAGAUCCACCACAAACUGGAUCGCCUGGGGUUGUGGAUGGAGAGGCUCAUGGAGGGCACUUUGCCUCGUUACUACAUCCCAGCCUGGCCAGGACUAGACAAGAUCACCCCCUGUAAAUAGGUAAAGGGGAAGGACUUUCUCAUUUAUCUACUGUCACUCUCAAAUGGUUUGAUUCAUUGUGGAAGUGAGGCAAAAACUGCCUCUUUCGCACUUGAGAUAUUUGAUAGGUACAAGUUCUUUUAAUUUUACUACCAACUUGGCUUUAGUCCAACUACUGUGGUACAGCUCCUUUAGCAUACCUCUUAUACUCAUCGCAUGCUGUUUUCAACUGCUGUUUAGUCAUAUUUUAUUCAGGCAAAUGUUGCUGCUACAGCGUGUGAAGAGAAAAUCACUGUGGCCUCCUUGGAGUCGGGUUAGGGUCUGACAGAACUGGUUUAAAAGACCUGAGGGUAACGGUAGAGUCAGACUCUCUCCAGAGACACAAACAUAGUGUUGCACUCCAUUGUAUGCUUGAAGUGCCACAAACAGUAGUGUGACUAACUUAAGAAGCUCUCUGCACAACUGGCCAGCUGUGGCACGAAAUGAGUGUGAAUAAUGGUCACACAAACCACUGACGAGUGUUUCUGGAGCAUCUGACAAGCAGUUUGGACGGAGUGUGAAGGCCUCAUUGAUAAAUACUGUGAAUAGAGAUGCAUGAAACUAACAUUAAAUGUGUUUGCCUUUUUAUACAUCUCAGCUCAGUUUUUGUUUAUGGCAUAGUUUAUCUCCUAAAUGCAGACUCUCUCGUGCAAUAUACCGUACUGCUGUCAUGACAAUGCCUUUUACCCAGGAACCUCAAGGAUCACUCCAUGUCCUUCCUUGAUCACAUGCUUGCAGAAAAACAAAGCCCCUCUUUUUUGUUACACCGAGAUAGUCGGAGUUUGCGGUUGAGUAUUUCACUACAUGCAAAAAUGAUUUAACAACCUCAGUUAGCCAGUAGCUUUAUGUAGCAAACGUAAUAAACAGGCUGUUCCUUUCAUUUUCUCAGUGUUUUCCAAAAGCCUGACUGAUAUUACAUCUUGACCCCUAAAAAGUGGAACUUUAUGUAUGCUUGCUUGUUUAAUUAUUUUUCUUUUGAUACAUUAAAAAAUGUCAAUAUCUUUCUGUUGAUAUCAAGUGAUGUAAAUAUCAUGCAUACAGAGAUCGUCCUAUCUAUACAUCUGUACUUUAUGUCAUUUGGAAAGUAAGGUGAAUGUUUUACAUUAUUGAAAUACUAUCUUUUUUUAAAUUGGUGUCAAAAAAGAGUAUGCUGCUGUAAGAUGUUUCAGUUGGUCUUCUUCAGUGCAUUUAUCUUCUUGUUGGUUGUAAUAAAAUGCUAAAACACUAA